UACGUUAUUAUGUAUCAUGUCGUUGUAAUGAAAUGGUUAAAAUGUUCGUUGCGUUAUGAUGCAAUCUUUGCAAUCCACAGAACGCUAGAAAACUGUUAGUCGGUCGUGGUACCUCAAAUUUGGCUCGUUUCUACAGUGACGAAGGGUAUAAAAUCGAAACAAGUACCAUGGAUAAAUCGAAUUGCGGUCCUGCGGAAUCUGAAAAAUGUGACCGGAACGCUUGUAUGGAUUCUGCUGAUGGUAACCUCGAUUUGAGGUACAGAAAUACGAUGGCAGCGUCGUCUCAAAAUCAACAAAGUGGUCGCUUACCCGAUAAACUAGAGGAAAAUUUAGAAACCGAAAACGGAAUUAACGAAAGAAGCGAAGAAUUCAACGAAUUUCGCGAUUCUACUUCGAAGGGAAAUGUUGAUUUCAAACCGGAAUUGCCACGUACUGCCGAGGUAAUGAGAUUACAUGCUCACCUCGAUUUAGACCAAAAUUCAAUCGUUUCGGUUCCAUAUCCUCCAUCUGCAAGUCAGAUAAAAGACUCCAACGCUACUUCGGAACCGUCUGUCGUCAAUCAGCUGCUCGAUAUAGAUGACAGCUGCAGCAACGAUGCUGCAUCAACUCGGGAUCGCAGCGAGUCAUCUGCGUCGAUUAGUUCGGACGAUAAUUUUGAAACUAUCUCCAUCGAUAUGGAUUGGGAUAUAUUGAACGCUGAUGAGACUAAAACAACGUCUACGACUUGCUCGGUGGCAGAUAGCCAAAAUACAAAGAAAGAGCUCGAGCUCGCUUGUAGCGAAAUUACUCCGAGAACUAACGAUGAUUAUUCGAAAAUGACGCGUAUAGCGAAAAAGAACGAAUCUACAGUCUGCUUAGUUGAUGAUUAUACGCGAACCUCGGAUCACCCGCGAAUUGUAACGAAUGCGACCAGCGCAACAACCGGUAAACAGUUCCUGAAGAAGAUCGCCGAUCGGUAUAACUUUGAGCCGGAUUCAUUUCGACUAGUUUUUAAAGGAAUUAUUGAUACAAAUACCGAUAAAACGCUCGAAGAAGUAGGGAUUGAUUUUGGAAAAGGCAGCAGUAAUUCAUUUAUUGUCGAAGGAUUAAAAGGCCAAAAACCCAAGAUAGCGUUGAAGCGCGAACUUGUUGCGCCUGCUGGUCUGGAGGAGCCGUCGAUCGAACCUCUUUCCGGCGUCGAGUAUCAAAAUGAAGCUAUGACCUGCGCGUUAAAUUGUCUGCUCCAAGUAUUUUUCUUGACGCCGGAGCUGCGCAACGGACUGUACAAUUGUAAAUUUGUUUCGACUGACGGUAUGGAUGUGUCCAAAUUAUUCGCGUACCAGUUGCGAAAAGUAUUUGGUUUAUUACAAACGUCUUCUCGCGAUUCAGUAGAUAGCUCGGAAUUGACCCGAACUUUGACAUGGGUUUCUAAUAAAGAAAUUGGUAUUCAAGAUCUUUACAACUGUAUAUUGAACAAGUUGACCGAGGAAUUGAAAGAUAGCGAACACGCUGAUCUAAUGAACGGACUAUAUCAGGGAGAAUAUAAAAAUACCAUUAAAUGCUCGAAUUGUGAUGUGACGAAUAGUCGCGAAUACAGUUUUUUCGAUAUUUCAUUGCCAGUUCGAGCAUCCGAAAGCAGCGCGUCGUGUUACAGUAGUGUCGAAAACGCUCUCCGAGCUUUUAUCCAACCAAAAGAGCUGGAUGAUCAACAAUGCUCAAAUUGUUUGAAAACUAGCGGUGCCUCACGAACCACCGAAUUCGUAAAAUUCCCUCCCUUGUUAUGUCUGCAUCUUAUGAGAUUAGCAUCUGACGACGCUUGUGGUGACGAUAGUGAGCAGAACAAAUUAAGUAAAAGAGUUUCAGUUCCGGAAAAGCUGAAUUUGAACGAAAUCAUCGUUAUAAAUCGAAGUGAAAGCAAGCCCGACGAUAGCAGUCCGGCUGAUAAAGGCUCUGCUGAAGAAGCCGCCGCCGACGACAUGUUCGAAUUAUUUGCAAUAAUGGGGGAUGCUGUUAUCGCCGGUCAUUAUCACGUGACCAUAAGAGACGUCGAUACCAAAAAAUGGUAUUGCUUCGAUGAUCAAAGUGUCCGCGAGGUAAACAUAUCAGAUGUAUACGGCGAUGGAUCUUCCGAUUCAAAAGCCCAUGUGUUCUUUUAUCGGCGAAUCGUACAAACAACUGCGUUACAAGAUGACUUAUCUGUUCGAUUACAUGUGAUGCUUCCUAAUCAGUUCAACAAUUCUGCUGUUAUUUCUAAAGAUGAACUGGACAAGUCCUGUAAAUUGUAGACGGUCCGGAAAUUCGCUGAUCGUCAAUCUGCACUAAAACGACCAUCCAGUCCGACUACUCACCCCACAAAAAGAAUCAAGACGGUUAAUCCUUGGUUUCAAGCUCUUCUGAAAGUUGUGGAGGAAGAAUGCGCCGAAGAGAGCGUGCAAAAUAACUGAAAAUGAAAAAAUCACGCGUUUUUUUUCGGAACGUCAGCAGUUUACAGUGACAUUUAGUCAAUAUCAACGUUUUUAUAUUUGAGACACAAGCUAACUUUGUGCAAG